CUCUUCAGUCUGUUCUGACGGAGCCGAAGUACAGAAACCAUAUUUACAGUUACAUGUGACAGUGCUGCAGCGAUGAGUGGAAUUUUCAAGAGGAAGUUGGAAGAAAUUGAUGGCUCCUUACCCUGCUCCUCUGUGCAGGAAUCCGAUGAUGAAGUUUUUAGCUGUGACAGUGCUGCCAGUGUUGAUAGUGUCAAUCCAUCCACUUCGAAUCAUUUUACUGGAAAAAAUAAGGAGAGAUCAACAGACUGAAAAGAUGUUUUCAGAGGCAUAGCGUCUUCAGGAAGAUACUGACAUUCAUGAGAUCUCAAGGUACAUGUGACAGCACUGCAGCGAUGAGCGGAAUUUUAAAGAGGAAGUUUGAAGAAGUCGACGGCUCCUCGCCCUGCUCCUCAGUGCGGGAAUCCGAUGAUGAAGUUUCCAGCAGUGAAAGUGCUGACAGUGGGGACAGUGUCAAUCCAUCCACUUCUAAUCAUUUUCCCCCUUCCUCCAUCCUCAAAAGAGAGAAGCGGCUGAGGACCAAGAAUGUGCAUUUCAGCUGCGUCACUGUGUACUACUUCACCCGGAGGCAGGGUUUCACGAGCGUGCCCAGCCAAGGCGGCAGCACCCUGGGCAUGUCCAGCCGCCACAACAGCGUACGCCAGUACACCCUGGGCGAGUUCGCCAGAGAGCAGGAGAGGCUCCACCGGGAGAUGCUGAGAGAACACCUCAGGGAGGAAAAACUGAAUUCUCUAAAACUAAAGAUGACAAAGAAUGGCACCGUGGAAUCUGAAGAAGCGAGCACUCUUACAGUGGAUGACAUUUCUGAUGAUGAUAUUGAUUUAGACAAUACUGAGGUGGAUGAGUACUUCUUUCUUCAACCCCUGCCAACAAAAAAACGAAGAGCACUGCUGCGGGCCUCUGGAGUUAAAAAGAUUGAUGUGGAGGAAAAGCAUGAGCUGAGGGCCAUCCGCCUAUCUCGAGAGGACUGUGGUUGUGACUGCCGGGCGUUCUGUGACCCAGAAACGUGUACCUGCAGCCUGGCAGGCAUUAAGUGUCAGGUGGACCGCAUGUCUUUCCCCUGCGGCUGCACUAAAGAAGGCUGUAGUAACACAGCCGGCAGAAUUGAAUUCAAUCCGAUCCGCGUCCGGACUCACUUUUUGCACACAAUAAUGAAACUCGAACUGGAGAAAAACCGCGAGCAGCCAAUCCCCGCGCUGAACGGCUGCCCCGGGGAGAUGAGCGCGCACGGCAGCGCCAUGGGCCCGGUGGCUCACUCCGUCGAAUACGCUCUCGCGGACAAUUUCGAGGUUGAGACGGAACCGCAGGCCGCCGUGCUGCACCUGCGGUCGGCCGAGGAGUUAGACUGCCAGGGAGAGGAGGAGGAGGAGGAGGAGGAGGACGGCAGCAGCUUCUGCAGCGGAGUCACGGACUCCAGCACGCAGAGCCUGGCCCCCAGCGAGUCCGAGGAAGAGGAGGAGGAAGAGGAGGAGGAGGACGACGACGACGACGACGAGAAAGGGGACAGUUUCGUGGAAGGGCUGGGUCCUCACGCCGAGGUGGUCCCUCUUCCUUCCGUCCUUUGCUAUUCCGAUGGCACUGCCGUCCACGAGAGCCACGCAAAGAACGCUCCUUUCUACGCCGGCUCUUCGACCCUCUAUUACCAAAUAGAGAGCCACAUUCCAGGAACGCCCAGCCAGAUCUCUGAGAACUAUCCGGAAAGAGAGACUGUCAAGAGCGGUACCCUUUCGCUGGUGCCUUACACCAUGACCCCGGAGCAGUUCGUGGACUACGCCCGGCAAGCCGAAGAGGCGUAUGGCGCCUCCCACUAUCCAGCCGCCAACCCCUCCGUCAUCGUUUGCUGCUCCUCUUCGGAAAAUGACGGCGGAGUGCCCUGCAGUAGCUUAUAUCCCGAACACAGGUCCAGUCACCCGCAAGUGGAAUUUCACUCAUACUUGAAAGGCCCCUCCCAGGAAGGGUUUGUCUCUGCGAUGAAUGGUGACAGUCACAUUUCAGAGCAUCCUGCUGAAGAUCCUUUGAGCCUUGCAGAAAAGAGUAGAUUGCACGAAGAGUGCAUCAAAUCGCCCGUGGUCGAGACCGUCCCUGUUUAGUAGUUUAAGUUAUUCUAAGACCAACUCUUCUCCUAUUUAAAGCACUGUAUUUAAUUGGAUUUCCUGGGCUCGUUGUGGUUUCAACUGAGGACCAAGAAAACUUGGCCCGUGGUGAAGCAUCCAGACUGUAUUUUGUUUUCUCCUUUCUAGCUAUGUGACUGUGCCAUUGCACAAACGCAGUCUCUAUGAGGAUUUUAAAUGAUUUCAGACUGUUUUGAUAGAAAAUGCUAAUUUUAAAAAAAGCAUAUCUCACAGUUGCCUACCUGUCAAACUGUGUGAAACCUGCCAAGCUGUGUAGAUCAGAGCUCCAAGUUUUGGAUUAUCGGGCCUGUGCAAGAUUGUUAACUAAGACUGGGAAAUAAGAUUUAGAGUCCUAAUUUUCGAUAUAUCUGAAGAUGACGGUGACUUUUUAAUGUAAAAGUUAUUAUUGUAAGAAAAAGAUUUAAUUGCCCCCUGUGUAUUUUAUUUAUGGUAGCUAGAAGUCAUGUUCUGAUGAAAACGAACUGCAGCAUGUUCUUUUCAGCUGAAGAUGUAUAGUUAGUACCACCGAGCAUGCCCACAUGGAUUGCCUCUGGAAUCCAUUCACGUUUUUAUGAUCAUGUCUGAUCAGAUUUGCAAAUACUUUCUUAAGGGUGAAAUAGGCCUAUUUUUGCUAUUUUGGACAAACAAAUGAGUCUGUAUGUGCAGGUCCUUACACAGUUUUCUCUAAAGUUAAGAGUUAGGACAAUCCUCUGGUGAGGGCCUAGUUCAUUGCCCUCCCUCAGCUGACUCCAGAGAUGGAGGUAGAAGGAAUUGCCUUUCUUUUUUAAACACAGCAUCAUCUUGGUUCUUAGCUCGGACAGCACCUUCAAACUCUACGCCCCUGCAUCAAAAUGCACUUUAUGCCCCUUCAUGGUAACUUGUGAGGGGUGGGGACUAAGAACUCUUUGAGAUGAAAAAUUAAAAAAAAAAACAAAACACAUUUUUAAAAUCUGUAACUAUUAUAAGGUUCAUAGAAUUAAAUAGAGGAAUCAAUCCAAUGAUACUUUAUGAAGGAAAAAUGACCUGUUUUCCUUCACCACUCUCAAGACCUAACUGGGUCAAAGCAGAGGAGGCUGAGAAAACAUGGAAGAGACACAGCCUCAGCAACCAGCCUUUUUCUACAGCGUGAUCAAUCCGUCUCUACAAAAAUGAGUGUCUAAUGAAAUUUACACUUAGUGACUAGCUGACUGAAGUGGGGGCCUCUACCCAAAUACUCAACUAGGCCUUACUUUUCUGAAGUAUUUUGAUUUCUCUUGCCUGGAACAAUUAGCAGAACAGUCCAGAAUGCAUUGAAUACUUUCUAAUUACCUCAUGUUCUCUUAUAAAAGGGGACAGAUAGAAAUAAAACAUGCACUCCCCACCUUUAGAUUAUCUGCACUUGGUUCGUCGGAGGACUUCUAAGAUCCUGUUUUCCUGUAAAUUAGUUUAGGUAACUAAAUAGUGUGUUCUAACUUUUUAGUUCCAAUGCAAUAUGACUAUGCUAAACCUGUUUCAUAUUUUUGACCUUCUAUUGUUAUGUCAUUUCACAUUUUAUGCCUUUUUGAAAUGUGGACAUGCCUUGCUAUUCAGUGACUGCAUCACUACUUAUUUUUUGUCUCUUAGACUUGGAUGUUUAGAAAUAUGGAUAUAAAUACAUUGUAGAUCUCAAGUCCUUAAAAAAUACUAUUUUAUUUCACUGAAUUUAAAAAUGUUUGGUCUAGAGAAAGUCCUCCAAUGGAAGAGUUUCUACUAAGACUUGACUUGGGGAAAACAUGUUUACUUGGCAGCUCUUCCACUGUGCAGUUGGUUACAGCUCCUACUCUACCCCCACAGUGAGCCAACCCAACCUUAGAACCAUUAGUAUUAACAUUAAAGCAGCUUUGGGCUGAUCUUUAUGGAGGUAGCAGUAAUGGGGGCAGGGAUGCUCCUUGAAUGACAGGCCCUUUGGGCUAUUCAGAUUGGGGUUUUGCUCAAAUCUUGAUAGCAUAUCUCAUGUUAUCUGUAAAAUUACAGUUUUUAGUGCUUGAUCUCCAAAUUUUUCCCCCAUCAAUACAAUCUAAAGAGCACAGGCCCAAAGAGAAAAUGACAAGAAACUAUUGUUCCUUCACUUGAGCACAUGAAAAAUCCUCUGUGCCAUAUUGAUUAGGCCAUUGCAAGCCUUGGAAAUAGUUAUGUGUGAAGCACUCAGCUUAUGCUUGGAACACAGUGCGGCAGAGUAGGGCAGAGGUGUCUCUGUGUAGGAUUGAAGGGUAGAAUGCCAGUCUAGAUUCUGAAAGGAUGGAUAUUUAAUUCAGUUCAGCUUUAUUUUCACAAGAAGGUUGACACCUAGUUGUUUAUGUUGGACUGGGUCUCUGUUUUGUAGCUUCAUUUCCAAAAAUAUGCUUAACCUAGAAACAGGAAAACAAACAAAAAACAACUUUUUCCCCUAUCUGUCUAAUUGGGGUCAAAAGUCACUGCUACCCAGGAUUAACCUUCCAGCCACAAGAGCUUCUGUUCCAAACGUUCAUAUAUAUAUUUAUAACCUAACCCCUCAAUAUUGCCUACAUACACAGAAUACCUAUGAAAACACUUGCGCACAUGCCUCCGUCAACACACACAGUAGGUGUAAUACCACACAUCAGAGAAUGACAGAUUUUAGGCCAAUAACGAGUACUAAAUUUUCCCUACCCUAGCAUUUGGUUGGGUUUUAUGAUCUAAAACUGUGGUCUGGAAAUGAAGAUGAUUUUUAAAGCUAUAUUUUAAAUAUACUGGUUCAAAGUUGUAAAUAAUACUAAUGGUGGAAUCAUUUCAUUGUUACUUUUUCCCAGAAAAGCUGAGAGAGCACAGUGUGCCGUUUGACUUUUCUUUUUCCAUUAAUAGAUCGUCUAUUCAACAAAAAAAUGCCCACAUGCCAGGAAGGGCUAAAGUUUUUCUAAGCAUUUUUAAAUGGGGACCAAGAGCUGAACACAGCCAGUGGAUUCUUCAGAUCUUUACACAGAGACACAGUGGCCUGACCUGCAGCUGUUGUAUUCCCCCCGUAGUAUAGCUAGCCAAAUUAUAGUCUUGUUUUGACACACGGCUUUUUAGUCAUUCACUGUCAGUGGCAAAGCUUUGUGCUUUAGUCCCUGUUGUUUUAGCACCAGCCCUCUACCUUUUAUUAGGGUUUAAUUCCCGGUUAUAAUCCAGGCCAAAUUGAUUUGCAAGUCAAGUGGCUGGAGCAGCUUGCAUUUCCUUUGUCAUUCUAGGUUUCCUCUGGGAGAAAGAAAUCAAUCAAAGAGAUUUACUUUUUUCCUUUCUCUUGAUCAUUGAUUAUUUAAGACAUCAGUAAAAUCCGUUUGUCUUCUGUCUUUUGGUUAAUUGAAGAAUAUGGUUACUUUCUGAAAGCCAGUCUUUUCUUUGUGGUGAAACAGCAUUUUUCCCAGAGUGCCAAUCACAUAUAAAAUUUGAAACUAAUACUUACUAAUUAAUUUUAUUAUUAAAGUCUUCAUAAUCAUAUAUAGCCCAGCAAUACUGCCCCCAAUAAAAACAAUGAAUUACAGAAACACUGGUCACACAUUAACAAAGGAAAAAGGAGAUUAUAAAUGAUUAUGUUCUUUAAAAUUUUAUCCUCCGACAGAUGACUUCUAGGCAGAAUUCUGGUUUGGUUGUCAUUAAGCAAGGAAAUGAAUGAUUUAUUUCCUGUUAACUGAUAUAUCACUGAUUCUUUGGUUAAACUUCUGAAAUUGUUGUACAAGUCAAAAUCCUUUGGUCUUAACAUAUUUAGAAUGUGUUUAUCAAUUCUUUCUUUUAACAAAUACUUAUUGAACACCUACUAUGUUAAAGGAACUGUCCUGGGUGGUUAAAAAGAGGGGGAAACACUACAAAUUCUAAGGGAUUAUGAUAAUGAUGAAAAGUGGAAUGAAAUAAUCAAGCCUCAUUGCAGUCCUUUUAAGUUAUGACUUUAUAAAGUGAUGUUAGAAAAAAACGACAUCAAUUCUUGUCUGACUACAUGAAAACUGCAACUAAAAAAGAUACUUCUUUUGCCUAAAUUAGUAGAACUCACUGGAUCCUCCUACUUCCCUCUCUAUCUGAAAUUUAUGAAUUAAAUUUGGCCACAACUAGAAGAACUUAACCCAAUGAAAAAGAGAUUUUCACAUAAUUGCUUCUUCGGUGUUAGACCUGUGUAAGUUAUAUUAAAUUUAUACCAGCACUCCUACCAGACAGUUUCAAAGGCAGGUUGACUCACAUAUAACCCAGGAAACCUUUCAGGAAACCUCUGAAGCAGCAAUGUAGAACACCAUCACUCAUUUCUGUUUACAAAGAGCCUAUAAAAUAGCUAAGCUUGAGUUCCUGGUUCCAACAGCAUUGCCUUGCAGCUUGUAGAAAACAGGUCACUCGGCAUCCUUACUUUUAGCCAGGGAUUACAAACCAUUGAAUUAGCAGGUAGAAAAUCGACAUCCUCCAACGUUAAGAGACUGCCCUUUUAAAAGGUGCCACGAGACUUUUGUUUCUUCAAAUACAGACUUAAUCUUUCUCUUCAAAGUGGCAUCUGCUCCUUGUUGUCUCAAGAUAAUUCAGAGUUCAUUAUUGUAGUCGGUGUAUAAAAUACCAACCUUAAAUGGGAACUAGCUUCAUGCUUUCAAAGGCAAGACAACUAUAAUUCAAAACUGGAACUAAGCUAUGAAUUCUUACCAUGACCAACACCAAAAGCUAAAGCCUUACUCACUCUUAGUUCUAACACAAAUUUGCAACUACUGAUUACCUUAUUCAUUCUGAAAUCUGCUAACUUCUGCUUGAGUAACUUAAAUGCCUAAGCCGAAUACCACAGCUCUGCGCAAAUAGCACAGCUCAUCAGAUGUUUUCUGUAGCAUUAAAGAAUGUAAUUGACUUAAUUUAACUGAAUGUCAGCAAUUUGAAAACUCACUAGAAUUAUAGGAAUUUUGGGUGUGCUGAGGAUGGACUAUAAGCUUAAUAAGUUAUGGUGUCUCCUAAGAAUCAUAAAGUUUCAGCUGAGCUGAGAAACUAGAAUUUUAUUUUACUAGAAAAACUGCAUUCAUAAAUAGCAACCCCAAACCUAGAAGUUACAGUGUGGACCCUCACAGCCCAGUUGGUGUUCACAUCUGUGACCUACUAUUCCCAUCAAUUACAUCUUCUUAUCUAAAAAUAAUUUGAUGCUUUAAAAAAAAAUAAUAUGGAGCUACAGCAUGAUAAAAAAAACUAUUUUAAAGAUGUAAACACAUUUUAUAUUAAAAAGUGAUAGAUUCUUGUCAAAAGUCAUGAAUAUGGAAAUGAAAGAGCUCUUUAAUAUUUCACCUGCCAAAUCUGUAUAUUGAAUGUGAUUAUUUAAAACAGUUGUUUCCAAGUUUUAUUUCAA